ACCCCUGCUCUAGACCAUCCAGUUCCUUCCCCCUCCCUGCUCAAACCCAGGACCCAGUGCUCAUAAAAGUGACCGAGCUGCACUGUUUAAGCAGAGUGGAGAAAAUCUUCACACAGUCCACAUGCUGAACAAGGUUAAUUAAAUUCACCCCUUUGGGGGGUGUACUUUAUUCUCACAACUCAUCACAGUCUCAAACCCAGUCAUCCUCUGGGGUUCUGGUUCAUUCACGUUGCAGUUCUCUCCUCAGGGUUAUUCUCAUAGUCACCCGUUUUCAGAGUUCUUGGUUAUUCACAGUUCAUGCUUCUAAAUGCAUGGUUACAGGAAACAUUCCACUCAAACAUCCUCCCCAACUUGGUCUGACUGUAAGUUUAGUAUGUGGCAAACCCCAGCUCUUCUGUUCAGACCUUCAGUCUCCAAAGGCUUUUACUUACUUUAUAUAAGUGGAUUAAUGGACACAGUCGAAGCAUUGUUUUGGCACUAACUCACUUGACUUUUUAUCCAGUGUCAGUCGCUACUAAUGGAGGAUGUAUUAGGUGACGCUGCCAACUAGUUUGAGAGCCAAAUGAGAAAUGUGGUGACUUUUUUUUUUUGUUUUUUGUUUUGAAACUGUCCCUUGAGAAGAACUACCAAGAAAGGGCAACCAGAUUGCAAAGCGGAAACUACAUCAAUGGUCUUUCAGCUUCCUAAGCAAAAGUUAAUCCUGGUGGGAGAAACUGGGAAGUAGGACGAAAGAGAGGAAAUGUUUGAGAAAACUACCAUUUGGUCUCUCUUGCUGUAAAAGUCUAAUAUUUAUAAUUUUAAUAGCCUUUAUAAACAGGAGGAAAGAUUUUUAGAGUUUAUUUCAUUGCUAUAAUAGGUAUUAAAUAUUUUUUGGGUGUUGUCAUGUGUGUUUCAUAUAUGUUAGGGCUUGAUCUUGUGCCUCUGGAAGUCAUUGAUUGCUCCCAUUGACUUAAGUGUAGAGGGUCAGACACUGAAACUUAUAUAAAUGGUCCAGCCAGUCAGUAUGGAUAUUCACAAUUGACUGGUAUGAAACUUGCAUACUGAUAUUUAUGUUUAGUAUCUAUACAGUUUUCUUUUGUUUUACUAAUUUUGCAUUAGUGUUUUUUAAAUAAUCCAGAUUCUGCAGUGGGAACUUUGUUGUUGCAGAUUCCAUUGGUCAUUUUAUGAAUGAUCAUGUUUGAGUGAUUCCACAUAAUUUAAUGUUUUGUUCUUUGGAUUUACAUUAGCGUAACUGAGAGGAGAAUUUGCUCCUAUAAUCAGUUUUAUAUUUACCAUAUUAUUUUCACACUCUCUUUCUCUCUCACACCACAAUAUGUGCAGUGCUAUUUAGUAGAAACCAUUUAAUUGUAGUAGAAAGAUUCAGCCUUUCAUACUUCAUUUUUCUUUUUGUAGCCUUUCCUUAGCGGGGGCUGCUCUCAUUUGCUCUUCUCUCAUUUGGGUAGGAUCUUCAUAGUUCAGAAGGCUGUCUUCAUACAGAUUGGCUGGCAGUGAGCUCAUAUAUUUAUGUAAUUUUUUUUGCCUGGCAGCAGCAGAAGAGCACCAUAUAAUCAGCUCCCUCCUGUGCAGUCGAAUGCUGCUGUUGUUGAAGAGCCUUUGUCUUUCUUUGCUGGUCUGGCCACAUUAUGUUGGUUCUGCAGAAAUGUCAAGUCUCUCCAUUGUAUGAAUUAUGCUCUUGGUAGGGCUGACGUCAGGAGGCAGUGGCUGAGCCUGGGUCUGCCUGCUGCUGAGGAUAUGUGCUGAAUUCACCUACAACAGCAGCGGAUUAACAGCAAGGGCUUGUCCUGCUGCUGACACAUGCAGUUACAUUCAUUGACUUGCAGGGGCUGAAGGACUGAACAGGAGGUUAGAGAGCAUUGAAAACCCACCAAAGCCACAGUGACAGGAAUCGUUGAGGUUACAUCUGUGAAGCUACAUAUGGAAAUGGACAAAUAAAAAAGCCAAACAAGCUGGUGAUUUAUAAAACAAACAACGUUUACAGCACUCCUUUCCAUUUUACUCUCCUUCUGCUAUUGGAGUUGAGAUCAUGUCUGUUCAUGUUGUAGCCUUUGGAAAUGAGAGAGAUGGAUUUUCUGAAGACAAUCAGCAAUCAAGUCUGAUCUGGACCUAUCUUGGGAGAAGUGCUCUCAUUUCAGAGACUGAAAGCAGUUUGCUGCUGAACUCUGCCAACCACAUUGGAAGCCCUAUGUUUACUGAAUAUCAAGCCUGUGUGUUUGGAAAUGUCAGACUGGUGGUGCAUGACUGUCCCCUUUGGGAUAUUUUUGACAGUGACUGGUACACCUCUCAAAAUCUUAUUGGAGGAGCUGAUAUCAUUGUGAUUAAAUACUCUGUAAAUGACAAAUCUUCAUUUCAAGAAGUAAAGGACAGUUAUGUUCCAAUGAUAAAAAGAGCAUUAAAUCAUUGUUCAAUUCCAGUCAUAAUUUCUGCUGUUGGUGCAAGAAAAAGUGAAGUACCUUGUACUUGUCCACUGUGCACUUUAGACAGAGGGAGCUGUGUUACUGCUUCUGAAGGGAUUCAACUUGCUAAAGAACUAGGAGCAACUUACCUUGAAUUGCACAGUCUCAGUGAUUUCUAUAUAGGAAAAUAUUUUGGAGGCGUGUUGGAGUAUUUUAUGAUCCAAAGCUUGAAUCAGAAGUCCUCUGAAAAAAUGAAGAAAAGAAAAAAAAGCCACAAGUGCCAUGGAGUUAAACCGCCUCAGCUUGAACAGCCAGAAAAAAUGCCAAUCUUAAAAGGUGAAGCCUCGCAUUAUAACUCCGAUUUACAUAACUUGCUGAUCUGCUGCCAGUGUGUGGAUGUGAUAUUUUACUCAGAAGAUUUAAAGGAAGUAGUAGAAGCACACAAGAUUGUUUUGUGCUCUGUAAGCCAUGUCUUCAUGUUACUUUUCAAUGUGAAGAGUCCAGCUGAUAUUCAGGAUUCCUCUAUCAUAAGGACUGCACAGACUCUCUUUGCAGUGAACAGUGAGGCUGUGUUUCCAGUUUCUAACCGAGGUUCACCAUGCGGCCCACCGGUUCGAGUCACUGUUAAAGACUCUUUCUUCUGUUUUUGUUUGUCAGACAUUCUGCACUUCAUUUAUUCAGGUGCUUUCCAAUGGGAAUUGUUGGAAGAAGAUAUAAAAAAGAAGUUGAAAGACCCAGGAGAAGUUGAGCUUGUGCUUGAGAAAGUUAAAUGUAUCCUGAAAACUCCAGGAAAGGUGAAUAGUUCAAAGAAUUGCAGAUCUCAUCAGACAGCAAGACCCUUGCAGUUAUGUGAUACUUCUCUCAGACUUUUCUUUAACACACAUGUGUUGGCUGAUGUCAUCUUCCAAAUACAAGGUGCUACUGUACCAGCCCACAGAGCAGUUCUAGUGGCUCGCUGUGAAGUAAUGGCAGCUAUGUUUAAUGGAAGUUAUAUAGAAGCAAAUAGUUUUCUGGUUCCAGUUUAUGGGGUUUCCAAAGAUACUUUCCUCUCCUUUCUAGAGUAUCUGUAUACUGAUUCCUGUUGUCCAGCCAGUAUUUUGCAAGCCAUGUCUCUCUUGAUUUGUGCUGAGAUGUACCAGGUAUCCAGACUCCAGCAUAUCUGUGAGCUUUAUAUCAUCACACAGCUGCAGAGUAUGCCUAGUAGGGAAUUAGCAUCUACAAGUCUUAGCGUUGUCAGCUUGCUCAGAAAAGCCAAGUUUCACAACUCUGACUGCCUUUCAACCUGGCUCCUUCAUUUUAUUGCCACUAACUACCUCAUCUUCAGUCAAAAGCCUGAAUUUCAAGAUCUUUCAGUGGAAGAGCGCAAUUUUGUUGAGAUGCACAGAUGGCCUUCCCAUAUGUACUUGAAACAGCUUGCAGAUUACAGGAAUUACAUCAACUCCCAGAAAUGCCACUGCAUAGUAAUGUAACCAGAAGAUUGAUUAUUCAUAAACUGGAGAAUCACAGGCUGGGAAUUACAUGGAGGCUAUUAAAACUGUAGCAGGGAUGAAAAUAAACAUUUAAGUCCUGCUGUACUCUAUAAUGUGCUUGCUAAUACUCUUUUCAUUAGUAAUGAAUUAAUGUGAUGUUUUAAAGGGAUUAAGAAAUAUACCAUAGGACAGCAUAAGGAGUUAAUCAGGCCUGGUCUACACUACAAAGUUAGGCGGAUGUAAACCGCAUGUGCAUGCCUAUACCUAAAUUUGUCUCUUAUUGAUGUAAGUGCCCCGUUAACAGCAAUGCAGUAACACUACCUCCCUGAGCAGCAUUAAGCCAUGGUUGAUGUACUGAGGUCGACGCAACACAAGUGUAAACACUGCGUUACUUAUAUGAAUUCUAACAGUCCUCCAGCAGCUGUUCCACAGUGUCUGACGCUAAUCUCUUUGGUCACAAUUGUGAAUGCCAUUGUCCAGGGGUCAUGGAGACUGGAAGGCCCUCCCUCUGUUUUAAAGCCCUGCAAAUUUUUGAAAUGGCUUUGCCUGAUUGUCCAACUGGAGAGCACACCUAGCAGCUCUCCAUUGUGUGCAACUGUGCAGCUGGCCAUGGCGGCUACAUGCUCCAGACACACUCCAGCUUGGAGUAGACAAGAGAUAUUGGAUCCUCUGGGCCUGUAGGGAGAAGAGGCUGUGUAAGCACAGCUAUGGACCAGCCAUAGAAAAGUAAACAUCUAUGAGCAGAUUGCACAGGGGAUGUCGGAGGAGGAGUACAACAGGGGCCAGCAGCAGUGCUUUGUGAAAGUGAAGGAAUUUGGUCAGCCAUAUCGAGAGGCCAACAAUCAUUCUGGUGCUAACCUGCAGACCUGCCGCUUUUACAAAGAGCUGCAUGCCAUAAUUGUCAGAGACCCUACUGAUAUCCCGCACAUAACCAUGGAUACCUUUGAGGACCCCAAGCCACAGGUCCCUGGCAUGAACAGCUAGGAGGAGGAUGGGGGACGUGCGACCAGGGAGCCAGGACCUGUUUUGAGACUCCACCGCAGUCCAGUCAGUCCCAGCAGUUGAGCACUGGUGAGCUCAAUGCAGGGGAAGGAACUUUGGCUGCUGCCAUUGCGGCUCUGAGAGGUUCCCCCUUCCGCACCUGAGGAAAAAAGCCUGAGCUAGAUGAGGAGAAAGAGGAGGACUCGGGAUGACAUGUUCAAUGAGAUCCUGCAGCCAGUGCUGCGUGAGAAAAGGGUCUGGAGGGUGAACAUUACAGACAGCCUGGGGAAGAUAAAAACGGAGAAGAGAGAGGCCCAGGAGUCCCAGCAGGAAAAGGAGAGGGAGAUGCACCAAGACAUAAUGGAGCUUCUCCAACAGCAAACAGAGAUGCUGCAGACUCUUGUGGGCUUAGUUUCAACAAUCCCAGGUUCUCCUCCCUUUGCAGUCCAUGGCAAACUCCAUAACAGCACCUCCCUAUGCUCUCCCACCCUACAUUCCAUGUGGUAUCAGGGGCUUUAUCCCUAUCCCUCCCACUCCACUCCAGCAGACAUUAAGGACAACCACAGCCUCACAAACUGAUCUGUGAAAUCCAUGGUUGCUGUAUACGUAGAUUAAUGGACAGGAAUGUUCUUUCCGCUGGUUUUUCUGUUUCAUUAAUUUAUUAAGUUUUUAAUGUAUUUGCUUUUAAAUUGCACAGAUUUUUCUUUGCACUGGUUUUGCUACUGAAUAACAUUCUAUUUGGAAAAUAAUCUUUUAGUUCACAACACAUGCUUCAGAGUGCCUAGCAAUUCUGAAAGCACCUACUUAAUUAUUACUGUACAGUGUGGCACAACUCAUAGGAUCAGUGACAAACCGCAUAUAAUCAUAAAUGUACAGCAAGCACAACAAAAUUAAGAGGACAUUGACAGUGCUAUAUUCAUAGAUGUACAUUACACAAUUCCUAACAGGCCCCAAAACAGCAGGGCCAGGUAGAGCAGAAUACACCACACGGUACUGUGGCUCACUGUUAAAAUGGUCUUCAAAGCCUCUCUGAGCUGUAUGGUUUGGUGUUGAGCUCUUCUAAUGGCCCUUGUGUUUGGCUGUUCUAACUCAGCAGACUGCCAGUCCACUCUGGCGGAAACUUUUCCCCCUUUGCUUCCCUGAGAUUAUGCAGAACACAGCAGGCAGCUAUAACCAUUGGGAUGUCUUUUUUUUUUUUUUCACUGAGAUCCAGUCUUGAGUAAACAACACAGAUAUCUCUUCAGUCUUCCAAAAGUACAUUCAACUGUCUUUCUGCACCUGCUAAGCCAAUAGCAAAAUCUUUCCAUGGUGCUGUUGGGGUGGCCAGUGUACGGCUUCAUGAGCCAGGGGAGUCAAGGGGUAGGCUGGGUCUCUCAGGAUUGCUAUUGGUAUUUCAACAUCACCAGUGGUAAUCUGCCAGUUGGGAAAGAAAGUCCCUGCUUGUAGCUUUCUGAACAGUCCUAUAUUUUUAAAGAUGCAAGCAUCAUGCACAUUCCUUGACCAGCCAAAGUUGAUGUCAGUGAGGAGAUCCUAGUGAUCCACCAAUGCUUGCACAACUAUAGAAAAGUAGCCCUUUCUGUUGAUGUACUCUGUGGCAAGAUGGGCUUGUGCCAAAAUAGGGAUAUGUAUGCUAUCUUUGCUUCACCACAGUUCAGAAAUGCCUUUACUGAAAAUCCUUCCAGCAUGUCCUGCACGUUGCUGAGUCACAGUACUGUAUAGCAAGAGUUGAUUAGUGGCCUUGCACACUUGCAUGACAGUGGCCCCCUUAGUGGAUUUUCCAACUCCAAAAUAAUUUUGCACUUACCAGUAGCAAUCUGACACUGCAGGUUUCCACCGUGCAAUCACUACUCUCUUCUCCACCAUCAGUGCAGGUCUCAUUUUGAUGUCCCUAUAUUGGAGGGCUGAGGCAAGCUUGGCACACAGAUUCAGGAAUAUGGCCUUGCGCAGCCGAAAGUUCUGCAGCCGCUGCUCAUCAUCCUACGCCUACAUUAUGAUGUGAUCCUACCAGUCAGUGCUCAUUUCUUGGUUCCAGAAGUGGUGCUCUACCAGUUUGAACACCAGCAACAACCUUGAAUUUGUUCUUGCUAUGUCCCAGAGCAAUCUGUGCUCCAAGAUACUGUUGUGUUCCCUGCUUAUUCAUGGAUGUUAUGGCUCUGCAAACAUCUGAAGAUCAUGCGUCCUGUGCUUGCAACGCUUGUGACAAUAGUGCAGAGCUGUGCAAGUGCCAUGCUUCUGUCAGAAAUGGUGGACAGUGAGGAGGGCUGCAUAGGUUCAUGGGAAAAAGGCAUGAAAAUUAUGGGAU